CUCCCCAAGAAAAGAAAACUCCGUCCCUACCCCUUAUAUAAAAAGAAAAGAAGAAGAAGAAAACUCUAUCCCAAGGAGAAACUCGCCGCCGUCUCCUCUCCUCUCUACUAGUACUUGGUUCCGAAGAAGAAACACCACCAAGCACCCACCCCGUGUAGUAGAAAUAGAAACAAGUGCUUCGAAUUGCGAUCCGCAUCCGCCGACACGAUGUUUCUCACGAGGACGGAGUACGACCGUGGGGUCAACACCUUCUCCCCGGAGGGGCGGCUGUUCCAGGUCGAGUACGCCAUUGAGGCCAUCAAGUUGGGCUCCACUGCAAUCGGCUUGAUGACUAAGGAUGGUGUUGUACUGGCUGUUGAGAAACGUGUCACCUCACCGCUGCUGGAACCAAGCAGUGUGGAGAAAAUCAUGGAAAUUGAUGAGCAUGUCGGCUGUGCCAUGAGUGGCCUUAUUGCUGACGCCAGAACACUGGUUGAGCAUGCUCGUGUUGAGACUCAGGCAAGCUAUUUGGUUAUUUUACAUACAUGCAAGUCCUGCCCUCUAUUGGUUAACUUCACUUCAUAUGGUCACAAACAGAAUCAUAGGUUCUCAUAUGGGGAGCCAAUGACAGUAGAGUCUACCACACAAGCUAUCUGUGACUUAGCUUUGCGCUUUGGUGAAGGUGAUGAAGAAUCAAUGUCACGGCCGUUUGGAGUCUCUCUCCUUAUUGCCGGUCAUGAUGAAAAUGGACCCAGCAUGUACUACACAGACCCGUCGGGGACCUUCUGGCAGUGCAAUGCCAAGGCAAUUGGGUCGGGCUCUGAAGGAGCUGAUAGCUCAUUACAAGAGCAGUACAACAAGGAACUGACCAUCGCUGAGGCAGAGACCAUAGCCCUUUCUAUCCUGAAGCAGGUUAUGGAAGAAAAGGUGACCCCGAACAACGUUGACAUUGCGAAGGUCUCCCCUAGCUACCACCUCUACACCCCUGCAGAGGUUGAGGCGGUCAUCGCGAGGUUGUGAAGGAUUGCCACUUUGUGAGACAGCCUCUUGUAUUCCCAUGAACCCUAAAGCACAAUGAACGUAUGAACUCUGUUGUGGGUUUGGGUUGUCUGCCUACUGUUGAAGGGAUAUUAGUGCCUGCUUGGGCGUUGCAUCUGAUUCUCAUCUCCCAGUCCAGUCAUGUCUUUGUAGCACUAAGACGUGUCACCAAAAAGAAUUACUACACAUAUUUUUCAGCA